UGUCGGUUGCCCUGGGUCUGUGGCCCCGAGCCCCAAGUCGGAGCCACGGGAUCUCCGGGGCUCGAGCUUGGGCUCGGGCCGCCGCGGCCGGCGGAGGGCCGGCCGCUGGGACGCAAUGGCUACGUGGAGGCGGGACAACCGGCUGACCGGCAGCCAACGGCUGCUGUGGGCCGAGCUAGCGGGGGCGCUCAGCCUCAGCCUCACCGCCCCUCUGGAGCUCGCCACUGUGCUGGCCCAGGUCGGCGUCGUGCGAGGCCACGCCCGGGGGCCGUGGGCCACAGGACUCCGCGUGUGCCCGGCCGAGGGGCCCCGGGCCCUGUGGAAGGGGAACGGGAUGGCGUGCCUGCGCCUCUUCCCCUGCAGCGCUGUGCAGCUCGCCGCCUACCGCAAGUUUGUUGUGCUGUUCACAGAUGACCUGGGCCAUAUUUCCCAGUGGAGCUCAAUCAUGGCGGGGAGUCUUGCAGGCAUGGUUUCUACCAUUGUGACAUAUCCAACAGAUGUCAUCAAAACCUGGCUGAUUGUGCAGAACCUGGUGGAACCAUCUUAAGCUUUGUCUACUGUUUACCAACAGGAAGGGUUCCUGUCCCUUUAUCGAGGGGUUUCCCUGACUAUUUUAGGUGCUCUCCCAUUGUCUGCUGGCUCCCUUCUAGUUUACAUUAACCUGGAGAAAAUCUGGGAUGGACCCCGAGAUCAGUUCUCUCUACUCCAGAACUUUGCUAAUGUCUUUCUGGCUGCUGCAGUGACCCAGACCCUCUCUUUUCCCUUUGACACCGUGAAGAGGAAAAUGCAGGAGCAGAGUCCCUAUCUUCCCAAUUGUGGAGGAGUAGACGUCCACUUCUGAGGAGCAGUGGACUGCUUCCGGCAGAUAGUGAAGACCCAAGGGGUGCUGGGACUCUGGAAUGGAUUGACAGCAAACUUACUCAAGAUAAUUCCAUAUUUUGGAGUUAUGUUUAGUACCUUUGAGUUCUGUAGGAGAAUCUGUCUUUACCAAAAUGGUUACAUCCUGUCUCUGAGUUAUAAGUUGACCCCAGGGGUGGAUCAGAGUUUGCAGCCCCAGGAAUUACGAGAAUUAAAGAAGUUCUUCAAAACUGGGAAACUCAAGUCUAAAAAACCAACUCUGUAAAACUGAGUAGAACAAGAAGUGUUGGGAUCCUAGAUAAAUGUCACUUCAUAAUUGUGCACAUGUGGAGUGCUGAGACGGUCCUCCUGUCUGCUGCUCUUGGUAAUGAGAAGGUCAGCCUUCUACCACCUCUGAGCUCCAAACUGAUGUCCCUGCAAGCACCUGCACCAUGGGAAGGUUUCCCAGCACUACUGUCUCCUGAUGGUAUUCCACAGGAUUUUAUAGCCAAAGCUUAGCAGUAAUAAAAUAUGCAAUUCACAUUCUGAAUAGAAACAUGGCACUCAAAGCAACUUAUGGUUGAAGUGGAAGUAGCACAGCAGAUACCACAUCAUGAGCUCAGCCUCAUGGUCACGGUCCAGGCAAAGCUUGCACUAACCAACACAGGCCUAGUUCCCCUCAACUAGGCCCAAGGCUUCCCAAUACAGUGGUCCUUGAAUGCAUAAUCUUUGCUGACUACUGAGUGCACCUACCACAGUAUAAAUUAUGCCUUAUCAGAAACUAGAUGAAAACUUGUAACAUUUCAAAGUUAUCACUAUCAUAAUAGGGCCAUCCUCUUUUAUUUAGAUUUGCAGCAUCCCAGACUUAGAAUCUUGUAUUUCAGGGAGGCAGCUUUUACCAUGACUGCUUAAUUAUGCCCCAAAAGUCCUUCUUCUGAUUGAAUUCAUAUACAGUUCAAGUGGCCUAAAUUCUCUGCAUUUUUAACUGGUUUGGCAAGCCUAGACUGAAAAUGAAUUAUUUAGACAACUUAAGUUAUUCUCACAAGAUGUUCCAGUUGCCCAGAAAGGAUCAAAUGGAACAUUUGAUCCACAUACAUACCAAAAAAUAUGUAACUGAACAAAAACACUCCAGGUUAAUCAUCUGUACUAGAAUUUUUAAAAAUAAAAUUUGGGGAUUGUUCUACCUUGAGGAUUCUACAUAAACUUUAUAUAACUGUACUUUUUGAAUAGUGCCUAUCUAUGCAUUAAAAAAGUAUCAAUAUUCUAAUAUCAAGUUAAUUCAUAUAUAGAAAGGGGGUUCAGAAAGUUGAAAGUAUUAUUUCUUAUUAAAUUUUCCAAAGAAAAGUGAUGUCAGUCAUUUAUUACAA